ACUAAAAUUUGCGACAACCCAGUCACAGUGGCCCCUCAGUCCGGUGAGGGUAACAUCCUCCAUUUCUCUCAGGAGCCUGAACAUCCGGAGGAUGGCGAGGUUAGCGUCCAGCAUUCCACCAUUUAGGAUGUCUCAACGAAUGCCAGGCACGCGCCCCUCAGGAUUGGACAGAGAGACUUGUACUCCAUCUUGAUUUCAUUUCUUAUGGCCCCACUGUUGCUGAAAUGAGCCGCAAGAAAAGACAUUGUUCCCCUUCCCAAGGGGUCAGUGACAAGGCCACCCUAAGGCUUAGCUGCUGUGACACUCCUCUGGAAUCCUUUUUUAUUCCCCCUCUCCCCUCCUCUCGUCCUUUCUCUCUCUUCUUCUUUUCCUUCCUUCAGUGUUGUCGUUCUUUUCGCACACCAGUCAUUCUUUUGUCUCAGACACUACAUCCCACUCCAGUCAUUCCUUGAUACACAGCUUCACAGCUUUCCAGCUCUCGCACACCACCUCGAGAUCAUCUCUAUUUUUUUUUCGCGUCGAUAUCUGACCAAUUAAAAUAAAGAAAGCAAAAAUGCGUUUCUCCAUCUUCGGUGCUCUCACUGCCCUUGCGGCUCUGGCUACUGCCCACACCGACCCGGAUUACAACCAGGGUCCUACUGGCAACCCCAUCUACACUCCCGGUCUGAACGAGGCCGUGCCCGUUGGCAAGCCCUACGCCAUCACCUGGGGCCCUACCACCGAGGGUACCGUCUCUCUGGUCCUUCUCCGUGGCGAGAGCACCAACAUGCAGACUCUCGAGACUAUUGCCGAGCAGAUCCCCAACACCGGCAAGUUCGAAUGGACUCCCAGCACCACCCUUGAGGCCGAUGUCACCCACUACGGUCUCCUCCUGGUCGUCGAGGGAACUGGCCAGUACCAGUACUCCACCCAGUUCGGUAUCUCCAACCCUAACGGCGCUUCUUCUUCUUCUUCCUCCGCUGCUCCUGAGGUUCCCACCUCGAGCGCUGCCAACCCCGGUGCUUCUUCUUCUGCCACCUCUUACGUGACUUACGAGAUCACCACUACUAUCUGCCCCGAGACCGAGACCGCUCCCGCCACUGCCGCUCCUACUGCUUCGACCAGCGCUCCUGUCAUCCCCCCUCACUCCUGGGGCACUGGCGGUGUUAGCGUCCCUGUCGUCUCCCCCACCAACACCCCCUACCUCCCCACCACUCUGCGCAGCUCCUCUGCUCCCUCUGGCACUGCCUCUGGCACCACCCCUGCUGUCCCUGUGUUCACCGGCGCUGCUGACCGCAACGCCAUCAGCUUCGGUGCUGCCGCUGCUGGUCUUCUUGCUGUCCUCGCUUUCUAAGCGCCUGGCGAUCCGAGUCAACCGGUCCCAGUCAUAUUGUACAGAAGAAUUCCCAUCAUCUUUUAUUCUCCGAAGGCCCGCCUUCUAGCAGAUAGUAAUAUCAGCUCUUCGUGACACCUCAACCUAGGGGUGUUUUCUCAGACCAUAAAACACACG